UUCAUUAAUUUUGUUUCGACGCUAAAGUUGGCCAAUUUAUUAUAUAGUGCAUGCUUUUGCAUAUGUUAAGUAUCGUAAAAUUUAUACAAUAAUAUUGUUGGAUUACAAUUUUCAAUGGCCCAGGUGUCAAAUAAAUCUGGUACAGGUUGGCCAAGACGCAGCAGUCAGGGCCAAGUAGACGGAAAUGUAAAUAAUGGAAUGCAGAAGUACUCGUCUGGACAGUGCUUGGCCAUAAACAGAACAAUAAACUUAUAUCCUUUGACUAAUUACACAUUUGGAACAAAGGAACCAUUAUUUGAAAAGGAUCCAUCAGUUCCAUCACGCUUUCAAAGAAUGCGAGAAGAAUUUGAUCGUAUUGGUAUGCGGCGCUCAGUUGAAGGAGUCCUACUUGUCCACGAACAUGGUUUACCCCACGUAUUACUUCUGCAGUUGGGUACAACAUUUUUCAAGCUUCCUGGUGGUGAACUUAAUGCAGGAGAAGAUGAGGUAGAAGGCCUCAAACGCCUUCUUACCGAAGUAAGUUAAAAUAUUUUUUCGCUC